GUUCUCCCUUUGUUCCUUCCUUCCUUCCUUAUUUUUUUUUGGGCUCUUCGAAUACGGCGAAACAGUCCAAAGUUCUCGAGCGCCUUUCAUUACUUUAUUCUAUUACCUUCCUUAACCAUGCAAUCUAUCAAAUGCGUUGUUGUCGGCGAUGGUGCUGUCGGCAAGACAUGUCUCUUGAUUUCAUACACGACCAAUGCUUUUCCUGGUGAAUAUAUCCCCACCGUAUUCGACAAUUACUCUGCUAAUGUCAUGGUGGAUGGCAAGCCCAUCAGUCUUGGUCUGUGGGAUACUGCAGGCCAAGAAGAUUAUGACCGCCUUCGUCCAUUAUCCUACCCACAAACCAAUGUAUUCUUAAGCUGUUUCUCACUCGUGAGCCCGGCCUCGUUUGAGAAUAUCCGAACAAAGUGGUAUCCUGAGAUUAGCCAUCACGCACCCAAUAUUCCCAUCAUCCUAGUUGGUACCAAGCUUGAUUUACGCGAGGAUAGCGAUACAAUCGAGCGUCUUAAAGAGAAGAGAAUGGCACCUAUUACUUAUUCUCAGGCACUUCAGAUGUCUAAAGAUAUUGGUGCUUGCAAAUAUUUAGAAUGUUCUGCCCUCACUCAAAAAGGCCUCAAGAAUGUAUUCGAUGAAGCCAUCCGAGCUGUUCUCUCUCCACCUGAACAGGCUACCAAGAAGAAGGGUUGUUUAAUUCUCUAAUGGAUUAGAUGAGAUACCUCUUUUUUCUUCAUUUAUAUUUACUUUCUCUUUUUAGUUAUAAGCUUUU